AUGGUGCUACCGAAGAGUGCAGCGUUGCAGAGGCUUACGAAUGGCAGAAGUCUCUAUGUACGCUGUGCAGUUCGACAAAGACGGACGUCAUGUCUAGCUUCACAGGUAGUGACCCCUAUACUACCGGGGCACCGCUUCUUUUCCACCACAAAGCUCUUGAAAACGGCACUGGACAAUCAAACUAAGGACCAGGUACGGCUCAGAAAAGAAAUAUCCAAGGAGUUAAAAUCGCCGCUAACUGUUGUGUCUGUCCAGCAACCACCAGGGCAGGACCCGUCAGUAACCCUCGAACAAUUCGAUCAAUUCGAUCAAUCACGUCCCCAAGAAGAGCAUGCUGCUACCGAAAUUGAGGCCUUUAAAAACAUUCGCGAAUACCUUCGGAACUGGCAAGCGACCAAUCCAAACAUCUUGGAUCCUCUUCAAUUACCAACUUCGGAGAAUGUUGGCUCCUUGUUGGGAUCUAUGCCCAAUGGCCGAGACGCUUUCGAUGCGGGAUGGAACACAAUGAACUUAACGCAAGAAGAUGAUCUUGACACAUCGGAUGAGUUCGUGGGUGAUCAUUUGGAGCCGGGUGAUAUGGUGGCGCGCUUGACACCCGAUGGAACAUUCGCAUUUGCCAUCUAUGUCCAAUCCGUUCAUAGACAAAAGCAGUUCUAUACAGCUCGUGGAAACUGGCGAGUCUGUCGGAACCGGGAAUUGGACUAUGUUAUCAAGGGCUUUGUUCCAGUCGAACAAUUGGAACCCAUCAAACAAUACUUUCCCUCAGGGAUGGCCCAAGUCAACCCAGAUCUCCAGAAUAUGCCAGAGGGCGGGCUCCCCCGGCCACUUGGCGCGCACCUUCUGGAGAUGAUGGCCAACUUUGAGGAGCAUAUUCUCGAGUUUUAUCGAGUUCACUCGAAUCAGCUGGACAAUUUACAUGAGCUUGUCGCCGAUGAGACGGAGUUCCGCCGACUAACUAUUGAAGAAAUGGCUAUGCAAGUUCUGGAUAUCGAAGAAUCAGAGCUCAACAGCGUGAACCUCUUCGCUACCCAUCAAGCUGUCCGUCGUCAUCCUUUCAUUCUUGAAAAGGACUCGCUGCAUCUAUUUAGCUCAAUGUAUCUGAUCCAGCCGAAGAGAAUCGCUGCAGUCGUCGAGAAUGUUACCACUUGGGUGCAUGAACAUCAGGAGUAUCUCACGCGCUUUGCCAUGGGGAAGAAGCAUCAAAGCUUCUUGGAUGGAAUAGCCGCUGAGAAAACAGGACGGACAUCCGCGACCUUUCCCAGCCACCCGAUGCAGCAGUUUAUUGCAAAAGCACAACGCCUGAUUCGACUCAGUCGACAGGUUCGGUCCCCCACAAUCAUGUCCAGCGUGGGCCCAUCAUCGGAAAGCUUUAAGCCCGGCCAGGACGGGAAGGCAAUGGUCUUUCGCGAGGUCCUGACCGAGAAGUUCAAUGAAAAUGACCAGAAGAUUAUCGAAUAUCUUCAAAUGUACGCCAAUCCGGCCGUCAUAAUGCCAUCUGGUACUUUGAAGUCGACGGCAUCACAUAUUAUGCGGGCCACUGGCAUGUAUAACACCCUUGGCCUGAGCGAGUCAUCUACUCGUAUGUUUCUACAAGAACUUGGUGUGAUUGCUCCAUGGGAAAACCUCAGUCUGCUCGACCAAAACCUGGUGCUACCAGGACACGGCGUGUCACUCAUGGAAGACAUGCGAUGGGAGGAGAUUGAGGAAUCAUGCAAAAACCUUCCCGAAAUGGUGGACUCCAUGAAGCAUCUGCGGAAGGACUGGGGCGAUCUACCAGUGUAUUGCAUCGAUGACGUUACCGCCCAGGAGAUCGACGAUGCGGUGUCACUGGAGCGCAUUCCAGGCUCUGAGGAUACAUUCUGGAUGCAUGUUCAUGUCGCCAAUCCAACAGCCUUUUUGAGUCAAAAUGAUCCCAUCGUCGAGUAUGCGGCCUCUCGACUGGCGACCACAUAUGCUCCAGAACGCACGUAUCCCAUCUUCCCAGAAACCCUUACGCAGGGCCACUUCAGUCUUGAACCUGGUCGACCAGCCAUAACUUUCAGUGCGAAGAUGCGCCUUGAUGGAGAGAUUUUGGACACCAACGUCACAAACGGAACUGUCCAUAACGUCAUCAGCCUCACGCACGGUACGUUGCGAAACUUCUUUGAUCCAAAGGCCAAGCGGCCUCCGGAGGCUCUCUCUGUCGGAGGUCAGCCCAGUAAACACACUCUGCCAGAAGGCAAAGUGCUCCGUGAGAAACUCACGGCGGAGGAUCAAGAGACAUUCACCAUCCUUCGUCAGCUCAUGCUGGCUUUCCGCCAGCAACGAAAGAAGAACGGUGCCAUCGAUAUGCAACAGCUACGUCCCAACCCUGCACUCUCAGUUCAGUUGGGCACAGCUCCAAUGAAACCAUAUGAGAUGCAGGUCACCGAGGGUCGUUAUUACAUAGGCGACCCGAUAAUUGAACUCCGCUUACAAGACUUCAACCCGCACGAAGUGCGCGACGAGUCAAAGAACUACCUCGUCUCAAUGCUCAUGAACAUGGCUGGCCAUGUCGCCGGCCAGUUCUGCGCGACUCGCAAUAUUCCAGUUGUCUACGACGGUACCUGGUAUGAUCCAGAAUACAAGCGCGUAACUGCUGAGAAUGUGAUCCAGUUUGGCGGCGAGGGCUUCUACCAUUUUGCCAUGCCGAAAGCUUUCUCUUCAUCUGAGCCUGCUCAUCACCACAUGCUUGGUCUUGAUGCUUAUGUCAAGAGUACUAGUCCUCUUCGUCGGUUUACUGAUGUCAUCGCGCAUUAUCAGAUUGAAGCUGCGUUGCGCUUUGAGGCAGAGCAUGGCCGGCAAUUCGAUGCACUUACCGACAUGCCAGCGCCUGCGGAGGACCUGUAUCUUGAGACUCAAGACCAGGAUAGUCAAAAUGCUCCGGCUGAAGAAACUUCGUCUGCUGCAGCAGAAGCAGAACCCAUCACCGACUCAGACCCUUCAGAAUCCUCAUCAAUCCUUCCAUCUCCUCUUCCAUAUUCAAAGAUCGAUAUAGACGAUCACAUCCUCUACUCUCAACCCCUGCGUACCCGUCUUCGCGAUGUUUCUCAAUUCUCAACCCAACACUGGGCCUGCAUGCUUCUCUUCCGUGCCUUCUAUUUCGCAGAAUGUGCUCUUCCUUCUUCAUUCCCCGUUCUUCUCCGCACACCCAGAAUUGUUCCCGCACGUGAAGGGACUGUCUACACAGGUGUCAUCACCAAUCUCGGUGUCAACUGCGUGGUCUCCGUGCCGGAAAGGUGUGUGGGUAAAGAUCGCAUCAAUGUUUUUGGGAUUGUGAAUGCGAAGGUCACAGGAGUUGAUAUGUCUACUCUGGAAGUUAAGAUGGAGGCUAUUGAGUUGACUAAAGAGUAUGAGAGAGUUGGCGAUUGGGCUUGA